AUGGAAGAAGAUGCUGCAUCAAGCAUGAUUUCAAGCGUCCAAAGAAAUGUAGCUCUCGAAACUUCUGAUUCAAACGACAACGAUUUUGGACUGCUUCAUCCAAAUAAGCGUGCGAGACUUGACAAUGAUGUCUCAUUUGCAAAAUUCAAAGGGGUUGUGCCACAACAAAAUGGUCACUGGGGUGCACAAAUAUAUGCAAACCACCAAAGAAUUUGGCUUGGCACCUUCAAGUCCGAGAAGGAAGCUGCCAUGGCUUACGAUAGCGCAGCAAUCAAGCUCCGAAAUGGUAAGGAUUUGCAUAGAAAUUUUCCAUGGACCAAUUUCACCAUUCAAGAGCCUGAUUUUCAAAACCAUCACACAACAGAUGCAAUAAUAAAAAUGAUUAGGGAUGGUUCCUAUCCAUCUAAAUUUGAUGCCUUUAUAAGGUCACAAAAACAAUCACAAACUGAGGAAAUGGGCAAGGGUCAAAACUCAUUAAGGGUGCAUGGUGAUGGGAAAAUAUUGUGUAGGCAACUCUUCCAAAAAGAAUUGACACCAAGUGAUGUGGGCAAGCUCAAUAGGCUUGUAAUUCCCAAGAAAUAUGCUGUUGAGUAUUUCCCUUGUAUUUGUGAGAAUGUGGAAGAAAAUGGGGUUGAUGACAUUGAGCUGGUUUUCUAUGACAAGCUCAUGGGGGUGUGGAAGUUUAGGUAUUGCUAUUGGAAGAGUAGCCAAAGCUUUGUGUUCACAAGGGGUUGGAAUAGGUUUGUGAAGGAAAACAAUUUGAAGGCAAAUGAUGUGAUCACAUUUUACACAUGCGAGAAUGAUGAUCAAUUGAGAGAGGAAGACAGAGAAAGUGCUACAUUUUGGUUAAUUGAUGUGAUGCAUAGUGAGGGUGAAAGCAAGAGAUCAUGUUUGCUUGAGGAGGAAAUCAAUAAGCAUGAGUGUGAGGAUUUGCAGGUCAAAUUGGAACUGAAUUUGGGGGGAAGUAGCAGCUACAAGUUUCAGCAAGGUGAAUGUAAGUUUAGUGAAGAUCACAAGGCAUCCAUGGCUGACCAAAAAGGAUUUAGGCUCUUUGGUGUUAAUAUUAAUUAA